UAUUGAAACGUUAUCGGAAAUCUUUCUGCGGCCAGCGCACAUUUUAUUGGAUUAUUAUUUAACAAAUUUGCAAAUUGUUAAUUAAAGUUGUAAAUCUACAGCAUGAACAGUAUUGGCGAAGAUUGUAAUGAGCUCAAGAAACAGUAUGAUGCAUGUUUCAACAAUUGGUUCUCCGAACGUUUUCUCAAAGGUCAAACCGAUGAUUCCGUGUGUGCGCCCAUUUUCAAGGUUUAUCAGGAAUGCGUAAAGCGAGCCAUGCGUGAGCAGAAAAUUGAAAUGCGUGAAAUUGAAACGGAUUACAGCACGGGCACUAAUUACGACAGCAGCACAGGUGGGAGUGCGAGUGGGAGUGGCAGCAAACAGCAAGGCGGCCAAAGCAAAAGUUGACCACAAACACAAAAACAAAUCACAGCAAGAACAACAAGCGAGCCUCACAUUUGUAGCCAGCUUGAGGAAUCUGUUGGAAGCGACGAUUCAGUCCAUCAACAGCGCCGGUUUAAACGCGGCUCCACAAUCUAAAAGUAGAAAUGCCACAAAUGUAUAAUAUAAAUUAAAGUUAUCUUAAGUUAAAACACAGAGCUAGAGUUAUCAAAAUGAUUGUUACGGUAAAAGUUUGUAAAUAUAUGUAUCUGUUUUAAUAAACAUUUAACAAAUUUGAUUGUUAUCUAAAUAUACUUAAA